AUGGAGGAGUCAUAUAAGUUUGAGCGCCACCUUCCUCUGGCCGAGGUCGACCACCGGCGUUUUCCCCCGCCGGCCCCGACCAUCCCCGUGGGCCGCCGGUGCCGCCCCUGCUCCCUGCGGCCACCCUCGGUCAGCCCAGACCAAGCACGGGUGGGCUCGAGGCCAGCGCGCCGCCGCCACUCCAGAUCGGUCGCGCCGUCAUCCCUCAGCCUCCGGCGACCUCCCGCUCGCCGCCCCGUCACUCCAGCCACUGCCGGCCGCCGCGCGGGCUCUCUGCGGCUGCCAGACCAAGUGCGGGUCGAGCCGGGGCUAGCUCUGCCUCCGCGCGCCGCCGCCAUUCCCCGCCGGCCGAGUCGCCCUUCCUCCACCUCCGGCGACGUGCCGCCGUCGCCCCGACCCUCCUCCGGUCGCUGCCGUGGCCGCUGCUACCCUAGGAGCCGAGGUGAACCCGCGCGGGCUCGGGUUGUUCCAGCGCCGCCAUCGCCCCCUUCCGCCGUCGGCCAGCGUGAGCGCCGGCUCCGCCUGGCCGGCCGCACCUGUCCACCGCCGGCUAACCCGCCACCGGAGCUCCCUGUCAACCGUGGUGAGCCCAUGCUCUCCUCGGGUUGUACAACUAGGGCAUCGAUGCCCGCCGUCGUCACCGCCUCCCGUCGCCUGUUGACGCGAGCCCCGGCCUCCUCUGACCUGGAGCACCUUCCCCUCGCCGGCCUGUCCGCCGUCCGGCCACCGCUGGCCACCCCGAGCCCUGCCUAG